UUUUAUUUGUUUAUUAUCUGUACACGCCAAUUGCCAAUACCGUCGACACUUAUAGUUUCGACAGCAAAGAUCAAAUCAAACCUAAACAAAAAGGUUUAAUUUAAUAAGGUUGCAACAAAUUCUUAGUUCAGUUCCUACCGACGUUGAUUAACAAAAAAAAUGUCAUCUGGACCAUACAACUACUCAUACAUUUUUAAAUAUAUAAUUAUUGGUGAUAUGGGAGUUGGGAAAUCAUGUCUGUUACAUCAGUUUACAGAGAAAAAAUUUAUGGCAGAUUGUCCUCACACUAUUGGUGUAGAAUUUGGGACAAGAAUAAUUGAGGUAGCUGGCCAAAAAAUUAAGCUCCAGAUUUGGGACACAGCUGGUCAAGAGAGAUUCAGAGCAGUGACUCGUUCAUACUACAGAGGGGCUGCUGGAGCCCUGAUGGUAUACGAUAUAACAAGAAGGUCAACAUACAAUCACCUUAGUAGCUGGUUAACAGAUACCCGCAAUCUGACUAACCCCAGCACUGUGAUUUUUCUUAUUGGCAACAAGUCCGAUUUAGAUGGACAAAGAGAUGUAACAUAUGAAGAAGCAAAGCAGUUUGCAGAUGAAAACGGUUUGAUGUUUGUUGAAGCCAGUGCUAAAACUGGCCAGAAUGUAGAAGAAGCUUUCUUGGAGACUGCAAAAAAAAUAUAUCAGAGCAUUCAAGAUGGUCGAUUAGAUCUGAACGCGGCCGAGUCGGGAGUACAACACAAACCUGCAUCUACAGGUCGCCCACUGGCCGCGCCCCCGGCUAAGAACGACAACUGCGCCUGCUAACCGCCCUCCCUCACACUAUCACACUAUCUUAAGCUGUAAGUAUAUUAGUUUAUAACUGCUGUAAUUAUAUCCAUGAUAAAAUUAUUUUUUGACACAUGUAGAGCGGUUGAUAUAUCUGUACUGAUUGUAAAUAUCUGUACACAAUAUUACUGUUUUAUGUUAUAAUUUUGUAAUUAGUGUUUGUGUUAUGCAAAGUAUUGCUAUUAAUAAUGGGUACACUAAUCUCAUUCACAUUCCACAUUUAAUUGGGGUUAUUAUGGAAACUUACAUGUAAGUUAAAAUGUCAUGUAAUAAUAGUAGUCUUUACAGUAAAAUAAUCAUUAGGAAAAAUACUAAAGGUGACAACAGGUGACUUCAUAUAUAUAUAUAUAUAUAUAAUAUAAAGUUAAUAUUAAAUGGAUUGUAUCUAUAGCAUACCAAUGAUUUUAAUGUUAUGGAGGAGAAAAGUAUUUCUGGUUUAUAUUUUGAUGUGUUUCCUAGUGUAAUGAUUCCUGGUGUGUAUUAAAUUUUUUAUGCUGAUUUAUUAUUAUAGAUACAUAAUGCUGAAUAACAUUUUAACACCUACUUCAAUGAAUCAUUGUUACCUUUUGCACUGGAAAGCAUUUCCUAGGAUCUAGUUUUAAAAAUUUUAUAAAUACAAAUGUUUACAAAAAAAAGGUUUUUAUGUUCAGUUCGAAUAGAUAUUUAGCAAGUACUUAAUCAACUCAUGUGAUGUUGAUGAAAGCUGGAUACCAAUACCGUAAAUAAAUAAAAAAUAUUUCAAUCGAAAUUUACAAAGCAUUUCAAAUACCGAUUUUGCACUUGCAAUUCACUUUAUUAUGAGUAUAGAGUGUAAUUGUUACAAUUAGCUUAUAUUAAUUACAACACUGUUUUUAUCUUUUUUAAUCCUAAUAACUUUUCAUUUUACUUUUUAACAUAUCAGUGUUGAAAAUUUAUUUUUGUAAACAGUAGUGGAGGGUAAUAAUGGUGUUUGAUGACAAUGUGGUCCUUAUUUCUACUUAGCUUUGUAUCACUGUAUAAAAUCUUUGUAUUUAAAUAAUUGUUAUGUGUUAUUUUAAAUCAUUAACUGAAUUAUUUAUUGUAAUGAAAUUUUAAUUAAUAUAUCAUUAUUAUAGAUUACAA